UGCUUUGCAUCGGGAAUUACAAUGAAUUUCGCAGCGCAGUUUAUCUACUCCAGGGUGUUAAAAAACAGAAGUCCCAGGGUCCGCUCCAGGGAAGACGAAGACUACGAUCCUUUCUGGCAAAGGGAUGAAAACAAAAUAAACAAACAAGAUGACCCAGCACUUUGUGAUCUUCACUGUUGUAAGGAAGGGCCAAUAAGAAAUGGCCCUAUUGGGCAGAAGCCACCUUCUAUCAACCCUGAGAGACUGAAAGAUUUUGGUGAGGAGGAUUACCUGAACGGGGAUGUGAAGACCUGGGAAAUGAAGAUAGUGAGCCGUAAUGAGGAGUUACUUAGGGAUGCCCUUUCCCGCAUCCCUCAGUCAAGCAGUAGGACCAGCCUGUCAAGCUGCAACAAGCUGAUUCGGUUUGAAGAUAUUAGUGCAGCAGCUUUUAAAAUCCAGUGCGGUGUUCAGAAAACCCCCUGCAUGUAUUCUAGGCUAUCCAAACAAUAUGGAAUGGACAUCUACCUAAAGAAAGAGUUCCUCCAGUACACGGGAUCUGUGAAGGAACGAGGUGUACUUUACCUUCUGACAUCAUUGCCUCAGGAUCAGCAAAGAAAGGGGGUGAUCGUGGCUUCGGACAGUAACUUUUCCAUGGCUGUUGCUUACCAUGCCUCAGAGCUCCGCGUUCCAGUGUUUGUCAUCAUGUCAACCAGCACAUCUCCGGGCAGAGUGAAAAUGUGCCGUGAGUAUGGUGCCAUGGUCAUAUCCUAUGGCACUACGGCUAAGGAUUCCCAGACGCACGCAAGAAGGCUGGCGCAGGAGAAUGGUUACCUCUACCUCGAAGAGGAGGACAGUGCUGCCUACCUGUCGGGUCUGGGGACCGUGGGGCUGGAGGUCCACGAGCAGGUACCCAAGUUGGACGCGGUGAUUUUCCCUGCGGGAGGCCACUGUGGCUUGAUGGCUGGGUCUGCUGCUGCACUCAAACACCUCAACCCACAUAUUUCCAUCAUUGGGGUCGAAUCUGAAAGUUUCCCUGUAUUGCAACAGUCCUUAAAGGCUGGCCACCCAAUUGAAGACCAGGCUUGCAGCAAUCAUCACUUUUACGGAGAUGUGAGCGGACUUUGCUUUGGCAGCAAUUCUUUGCAGCUGACCGGGAAACUUGUGGAUAAAGUUGUUGCCGUGAGGGAGGAGGAUGUCCUCAUUUCAAUGCUGAGAUUGCUAGAGUACGAGCGAGCCACGGUUGAUGCAGAAGGGGCCAUUGGCCUUGCGGCACUGGUUGCAGGGAAGCUGCCCGAGUUGAAGGGUAAAAGAGUGGCAGUUGUUAUAUGCAGUGGAAACCUGGAGUUGCAUUUGCUGCAACAGUGCCUAGUUCGUGCCCUGACCCUUGACAACAGAGUGUGCAGAUUUUCCCUCGUGCUCUCUGACUGCCCAGGAGACAUUUCAAAGCUACUGGAGAUUUUGGCUCGGGAAGAAGCAAGAGUUUUGGAUAUCAAACAAGAACGCACAUUUGUGACAUCUGAGCUCUUCACUGUCAAGGUCACCUGCACCGUGGAGACCAGAGACAAGAUCCACACAGCCCAGCUGAGGAACGCGCUCCUGGAACGCUACCCCACAGCCACCUGGAUGGAGCGGUGAUGGGCACGGCACAAGGGAGAGGGCUGAGGUCUUUGGACGGAUGUUUUACAGAGCCCUAACCUCGAGGCAUUCAGAACAAAUACUAUCUUUCAAAGCUGAACCAUUAGAGAAUAGUUUCAGGAUAUUUAUUUCCUGCCCAAAACGUAGUGAAUAUCCUUGGGAAUAAAGUUAAACUCAAAACUUUAGCUUAGGGAAAG